UUUUUCCGGUUACCAUAGCCGUGAGGUGCGUUGAAUCCGAACUUCGUCAAAUACGCCAAAAUGGUGAAGAUUAUGAAAACAGGAAAAGUCGUGCUGGUCCUUAGUGGCCGGUACGCAGGACGCAAAGCCAUUGUUAUGCGUAACUUUGACGAUGGCACAACGGAAAAGCAGUAUGGACAUGCUCUUGUCGCAGGCAUCGAUCGUUAUCCUCGCAAAGUUCACAAGCGCAUGGGCAAGGGAAAACUUCACAAGCGCUCCAAAAUCAAGCCCUUCGUCAAGAUUUUAAACUACAAUCACUUGAUGCCAACGAGAUACACAGUUGAUUUGCCACUUGACAAAGUUGCCCCAAAGGAUUUGAAAGAUCCGAUGAAGAGGAAAAAGGUUAGAUUCCAGACCCGCGUCAAGCUUGAAGAAAGGUACAAAUCUGGCAAGAACAAAUGGUUCUUCCAGAAGCUCCGUUUCUAAGCGAUUUAAAUAAAAAAUAAACAUUAAAACACUGAAAAAAACGAA